AUGUGGAAGAAUUUCAAAGAAAAGCAUGCCAGCAAGUUUGGGGUCGGGACCUCUGAAGCGACGUCCUCUGAGAGCGAUCGUGGUCAAGAUUUGAGCACUAUCCUGAACAGAUCUCAACGCGGGGAAUUAACUGUACUGGUAGCUCAAGUUGCGCAGCGUAUGCGAAAAGAAUUCGAGUUGAACUUUUACGAUGCCGCGCUUCCUCGCAAAUCAGUCCCUGAUCCAGAUCAUGACACCUUGCAUCAAUCUACAGAUACUCAUCAACAGGAUCAUUCUGUUGGCGCAGAGAAACCCAUGAAACCAAAAUUGUCGAACAAGGACUUGGAAUCUGUGACAUGUGCUCUUUCAACUUUUGACGAUUGGAGAGAUUCUGUCCUCCUUCGUAUUGGUGAGGUGGUCAACCGCGACCCGGAAAAUCACGAUGAAGGGUCCGAGGCUGAGCAAGGCUCACCAUCCGAAUCUCAAUCGCGCGCAGUGCGAUCGAUGGAGAAUGAUGGCUCCUUGAGUAAACUACGUGAGGUAUAUCCGCCAAUAGAAACGAGUCUUUCCCAACUCCCUGAAGCAAAGAAACUCUUGGUUCUUCACUCGUUGCUGCUUUUACUUUUGAGUCUCAAACACUACAAUGCUUUAUCUCGCGUCGUGUUAUUGUAUGUCGCAUCAAGCCUGGGGCUGGAUGUCAAAUUACUGAAUGAAGAUGAAGUCAAAGUGGCAAGGGGCCUGCUUGAUACUGCGCUCGAAGCCUCGCCCAAUGACGAGGCCCAGGAUCAAGGUCAGCAUCGCGAUUCUUCAAGGAAGUGGAAGGUUGGCAUAGCAUCGGUGGCGGGUGCUGCUCUUAUUGGCAUCACCGGUGGACUGGCUGCACCUCUCGUUGCGGCUGGACUUGGCACUGUCAUGGGUGGUCUUGGACUCGGGGCUACGGCCGCAGCAGGAUAUCUCGGAGCUCUUGCUGGCAGCAGCGUGAUCGUGGGUGGACUCUUUGGUGCAUAUGGUGGUCGAAUGACUGGACGUAUGGUGGACAAGUAUGCGCGAGAGGUAGACGAUUUUGCUUUCCUGCCGAUUCAUAGUGGUCCUCGGCAACGGACCGAGGACGAAAGAGACGCGGCCCGACAGGACCAUCGACUGCGAGUGACUAUCGGCGUGACAGGAUGGUUGACGGAAGAAGAUAAUUUCGUGAUUCCAUGGCGUGUCAUUGGCGCACAGUCAGAAGUCUUCGGUCUUCGCUGGGAAACAGAGCCCCUGAUGAACCUGGGGAACGCGUUGGAUCUCUUGGUAACCAGCGCGGCGUGGACCGCUGGUGAGCAAGUCCUGAAGCAGACGUUCCUUUCACAGUUAUUGAGCGCCGUUGCCUUGCCAUUCGGCCUCCUCAAAAUUGCUCGUGUGGUUGACAAUCCUUUCAGUGUAGCCAAAGCUCGAGCGGACAAGGCCGGCGAAGUUCUUGCGGAUGCUCUCAUCAGCAAAGUGCAGGGCGAGCGGCCAGUCAAUUUAAUAGGGUAUUCGCUCGGAUCUCGAGUUAUCUUCUCUUGCCUUCAAAGUCUAGCAAAGAGACACGCCUAUGGCCUGGUGGAAUCGGUGAUUCUUAUGGGUGCUCCGACUCCAUCCAAUACUGAGCACUGGCGGCGAAUGCGUAGUGUCGUCAGCGGACGCCUCGUGAAUGCGUAUUCGGAGAACGAUGCCGUGCUUGCUCUGCUGUAUCGCACCAGCAGUUUUCAAGUGGGUGUCGCCGGACUACAACCCGUCGAGGGCGUCCGAGGAGUUGAGAACUUGGACGUGAGCGAUCUGAUCAGCGGCCAUCUUCGUUACCAGUUCCUCGUUGGUCGGAUUCUGAGCGUUGUUGGGCUUGAAAGCAUAGAUGCUCGUGAGCUCGCCCGGGAAGAGGCUGCAUUGGCAGCAAAAGAUCAAAGACUAGAGGAAGAACGGGUUCGCAACGAGCGCCAGGCAGAAGUCGACCCGGAUGAGAGGUCCGCAAACCAGAAGUUGGAGAACCACGAGAGACUCAAGGGCGAAGAAGAAAGAGCGCAAAGAGCGGCCGACAAAAGGACACAUGGACACCGGACGGGUUAA